UUUCUUUUUGUAUUUGACUAUUUCAUUUUUUUUGUGUUCGUUUUCUUUGACCACAAACCGCAGAUGACCGAGAACUCGACGAAAGUUCAGGUCCUCCAGGCAGUGGGUGGGGGGCUGGCCGGAGCCUGUACACGAUUUGUGUGCCAGCCAUUCGAUGUGCUGAAAAUACGUUUCCAAUUGCAAGUGGAGCCGGUCAAGGGGAGUCACGAAUCAUCGAAAUAUCGUGGCAUGUUGCAGGCUUUAAGUUCCAUAUAUAAAGAGGAGGGAUUGCGUGGCGUUUGGAGGGGUCACAAUUCCGGCCAAGUGAUGAGCAUUACGUAUGCCUUUGUCCAGUUCUGGUCGUAUGAGCGUUUAAAGAUAUUGGCCAAUCGAACGGAAUUCUUUUCCAAUCGUCCACUGCUGACGUUCUUUAUGUGUGGCGGCUUGGCUGGUUGUUUGGGUACAAUAGCCUCACAGCCAUUUGAUGUUAUCCGGACAAUGAUUGUGGCAUCCGAUCCGCAUAGUCGUUCCAGCAAGGUUGACAUCUUUAGCGGCGUGUAUAAGGUAAUGCAGAAUAAGGGAUUACGUGGCCUCACGCGGGGUUUGCCAUUCACAUUGAUUCAGGUUUUCCCAUUGGUCGGAGCGAAUUUUCUCAUUUACAAAUUUCUUAAUGAAAUGGUCGUAGUGGCUCAUCAGCGUAUAACCGAAAAGCCCAACCCACAACACACUAUUCCUGGAUUUAUAUUGUUUAUGAAUGGUGCCCUUGCUGGUGUGGGUGCCAAAGUCUUUGUCUAUCCAGCGGAUGUGGUUAAGAAGCGUAUACAAUUGAGUGUUUUCGAGGAUGAACGCAAAUCCUUUGGCCGCAAUCCCAAAUGCCCGACAUUUGUUCAAUGUGUGACCACCACAUAUCGUGUUGAGGGCAUUAGUGGCUUCUAUAAGGGCAUGUCCCCCACUCUAUUCAAAUCUGGCCUGACAACAGCAUUUUAUUUUACCGUCUAUGAUCAUUUUAAUCGUUGGUUCAUUCGACCCUUGCGGGAAAAUGCCGCGGGCAGUGUUAAAACCGCGAAAAAGAAAGGAUAUUAAUGCAUUCCUUGAAAGGGGGAGGAUGUCCAGUAAAAAAAAUUUUUGGUUUCACAGGAUGAUUAAAUUAUUAUAUAA